AUGUGCCCCGGGGCUCUGUGGGUAACCGUGCCCCUGCUGUCCCUCUUGGCCUGCUCUGUGAGAGCAAAGCCACUGGGGACCUGGGGACGUGCAUCUGCUGGAGGCAAUGCCCACAGCUUGCUAGGGGAGCCCCAAGGGGACCGGGACGAGGGUGCCUUCGACCUGAAGAUGUUCCUGGAGAACAUGAAAGUGGAUCUCCUGCGCAGCCUCAACCUGAGCAGUGUCCCUUCCCAAAACAAAACCAGAGGGGACCCGCCGCAGUACAUGAUCGACCUGUACAACAGGUACAUCAGUGACAAGUCGUCCACCCCGGCCUCCAACAUCGUGCGGAGCUUCAAUGUAGAAGAUGCUGUCUCUAUAACCACCACAGAAGACUUCCCCUUUCAGAAGCACAUCUUGCUCUUCAACAUCUCCAUCCCCAGGCACGAGCUGAUCACCAGGGCCGAGCUCCGACUCUACAUCUCUUGUCAAAACCACAAGGACUCCGCUCAUGAGCUGAAAGGAAGCAUGGCCAUUUAUGAUGUUCUGGAUGGAGCAGAUUCCUGGGAUUGUUCUGCAGGGGCCAAGACAUUCCUUGUAUCCAAGGACAUUCGAGAUGAGGGCUGGGAGACCUUUGAGGUCUCCAGUGCAGUGAAGCGGUGGGUCAAGGCAGACUCCACCAAGAGCAAAAAUAAACUGGAAGUAAUUGUGGAGAGUCACAGGAAGGGCUGUGACAAGCUGGACAUCAAUGUCCCUCCAGGUUCCAAAAGCCUGCCCUUCUUCGUCGUCUUCUCCAAUGACCGCAGCAAUGGGACCAAGGAGACCAGGCUAGAGCUCAGGGAAAUGAUCAGUCAUGAGCAGGAGAGUGUGCUCAAGAAGUUGUCCAAGAGCAGCCCAUUGGAAGGAGACGAGGCAGAGGAAAUGGACCACCACGUGGCCAGAGGAUCUUCUUUAACCAGACGGAAAAGAAGCACCGGGGCCAGCAACCACUGUCAGAAGACCUCACUGCGAGUGAACUUCGAGGACAUUGGCUGGGACAGCUGGAUCAUCGCGCCCAAGGAGUAUGACGCAUACGAGUGUAAAGGCGGGUGCUUCUUCCCCCUUGCUGAUGAUGUGACCCCAACGAAGCACGCCAUCGUGCAGACUUUGGUGCAUCUCAAGUUCCCCAUGAAGGUUGGUAAGGCCUGCUGUGUACCCACCAAACUGAGCCCUAUCUCCAUUCUCUACAAGGAUGACAUGGGGGUCCCCACCCUGAAGUACCACUAUGAAGGGAUGAGCGUGGCAGAGUGUGGGUGCAGGUAGUGCCUGCCCAUGCCACACAACAUUCUGGAAGGGUUUUGUUUGGGGUAGGGUGAGGGGAAGCAGGAGAGGGGAGGGGGUUUCUAAUGAAACUGAUAGGGACUAGGUCAAUCUGCAUGCCGGCCUGGAGAAGGAAAGGGAGUGCCACAUCUUCAAGGUGAGGUUUGGUUUCCUUGUCAUGGCCCCCAUCCAAAGCACACGCUACUGGUUGCAAGUGCAGGGGAAGGAGAUGGUAAGUGGAUGUGGGGGUUUGAGGAGAAGAGAAAAGUCUGGAAGGCUUGUUGGGGUAGGAGGGGAGAUAAUGAAAAUGGGACAAGGGAAAACAAUCCAGAGUCAGCAGAAAAUUUAGCAGAAAUAAGCCAGAAGAGUAUGACAGCUGACACACAGAGAUUUAAGGAAAUUAAAGUGGUUGAGGAGGAAUGGGGCAGAAUCCAGUAACCUCAGGGAGUGAAGGAGAAAGAAAUGGAUAUAUGCUCUACACACAUCAUUUUAUGUAUUUCCCACAACCCAGUGAGUUUGGCAUUAUAACCUCCAGUUUACAGGUGGAGAAACCAAGACUCAGACAGGUUAAGUUCGUCUGUGGCAUGAUUUCAACCCAGGUCUGCUGGACUACAAAGCCCAGGACCUGCCCAAGUGCGCCAUCACAGUUCAACAUGCCACUUUGUUGCUAAAGAACUAUUCAGCAUUUGGAGGCAGGACUGUUGAGACAGAGUAGGGCUGAGACCCAAUCCUUACGCACCAGGGAAUAUUCUGACUUCAGGGUUCCUAUGCUGAGGUAGUAGUUAUAAAUGUUUUUCAUAUCAAUAGCCCCAAACACCAACUGCAGGAUGAAAGAGUCCAGGGCCAUAGUAUAUGUUGUGGCUGGAGUGAUGCUGACCCACUGGCAUUGUGCUUUUAUGACCAGCGGCUCACAGGGGCUCCCCUGCGUCCCAGGGGACACCCACUGUUCAUGGACUUGAGGGGAGAGGCACAACUUAUCCUGAGAGAUUGGCAGCCUACAGGGGGCAACUCUGUAGCUCCUUAUCCAGCAUAACAAGCUCAGCCAGGAAAUGAACCCUGAGCUUCCCCCCUGCAACAACUCAAAGAGGCUAUAGGAACUGGAUUGGGAUUUGUUGGAAUAAACAUGUGGAAGUCAUCUUGCUCUUGGUAUUUGCAAUAUCACUACUUUCACUCCUUGGUGAGAUGUACUCAAGUGAUAAGAUGUUUAGCCUUCCUGAGUGAGGGCUCUCUGGCUUCCAAAGACCUCUCAUCUUUAUUGGCUACAACCUCUUCUACCUGCAUUUGUGGGGUUUCUUGAGUAACUCUUCAAAACAUCUGCUCCAGACCCUGUCCUAGGCUUGU